UUAAGAGGUGUCUGAAGUUCAACUCAAUUAUCUAAAUGCUUGUCUACACUGUUGAUUACAACCACAAUGUCAAAGCAGCAUGUUAAGUUUGUAACUAUGCAACUUAAGGAAGUAUAUUUUGUUGUUUGGAUCUUACUGACAUUUGCAUUUUUAGCAUAUGUUACAAGUCUUACAACGGCCCACUGGAGAGUAACUGAUAGUUACUUUGAAGGAUUAUUUGAAAGAUGUGAAUAUGGGGAAGAUGGAUGUAGAUUCCUUUAUUUUUUCGAUCAUCAUUCAGCCAAAGAAUUUGAUGUGGCACGUAUACUGUUACUUGGAGCUUGUGCGUUUUUAAUUAUAUCUACUUUCUUAAGUUAUGGUUCACUUUGUUUCUUCAAAAAUGUCUAUCUGGCUAUAAUCUUGUUAAAUGUUUUGGCUUUUAUACUUUCGUUGAUUGGAUUGAGUCUUUACACACAUCAUCAUAGUAAUUCGUCGUUUAAAUGGAGCUUUGGGUUAAGCUGGGCUGGCUGUUUGUCCAUUGGAGUUGUUAUACUACUUAUGUGUCUAGGAGAUUUUUGUUAUGAAAACAAUAAAUCUGAUCCAGAAUAAAUUCUUUUAGCGGAGCAUUAA